AUGUCUGCAACGAUUCGACAUCCUCCGCCGCUCGUCGAUCCGAGAAAUGGCGUCCAGAAACACUUUAUUAGUCCUACCCCGAAUGCUAGGAUUGCAGACGACAAUGGGCUCAAUGAUAUACUCGGCGUGACACAGAUUCUUGAGAAUCACGAUAUCCCGUGCUUUUGUGUCGGGAUAUCUGCCCUCAAGUUUUAUGGCGCCGCGAGAGACCGACGCGAAUGGGAAAUCUGCGUGCCCACUGAACUCGCUUCCAAAGCCCACGAAAUCUUCCGCUCACCUCCAUACUCCACCACCUAUAUCCCCAUUUCUCCAGUCCCCCACGCCCGAAUAAUGUCGUUUCUGCACACCUACAAGCGAUACCAGAUCCGAGACCUCCCCCACAUCUUCGUCAUCGUGCCCUCCCGCGACGUGCACCUCGACUGCCGCCCCAACAAGAUUGUCCGUAGCCUCAGAGGCCUGCCCUACCCAAACCUCGAGGAUUUUUUCCAGAGCUGCCUCGACCGCCGCGAUGAAAUCGAGCUCACCGACCUCAUAGACGGCACAAACGUCACCAACGACUGGGGAGAGUCGCACCUGGACUUGAACGGAUCCCACGACGUCGAGUGGGCGCGCGAGAUGAAGCGCCGCACCGACGAAUGGGAUCCCCAGGUGGAGGGAACAUCACCGCCCAUUGACUACUGGCCCACGAGGCCGCUGAGCAAGCGGGAGUUUUGGCAGGAGCUUGUGCAGACCAAGAUGGAUAGACUGGACUGGUCGCGGCCGCCAGAGAUUUUCCUGACGCAGUAUCGUAUCCGUAACUCUUCGGAUCCAUGGACCGUCAUGACGAAUGUCGCUUGA